AUGUCAUCCACGAAAGGUCUUGUCCUUGUUACGGGCUCAAAUGGAUUCAUCGGUGCUCGGACUGUCGAGGCAUUCCUUCAUGCUGGAUACUCUGUCAGGGCAGUAACCCGAUCGCAAUCAUCGGCUUCUGGUCUGCUCGACGCACUCCCAAAAUUUUCCGAGUCUGGUCAGCUAUCAACAUCUCUCGUUCCCGAUAUCACCGUCCCAGGUGCCUUCGACGAGGCUGUCAAGGGAGUCACGGCCAUCGCCCACCUUGCAAGCCCCGUCAACUUCAAGAUCAUAGACGCGGAUCUCAUCAUCAGCUCGGCCGUCAAAGGCACAACCGGUAUUCUGGAGUCCGCUCUCCGAGAACCAAGCUUGAAGUCGUUUGUGUACAUGUCUUCGAUCGUGGCAGUGCGGGGCCAGGGAGAAAAGUACCAAGGCCGCAGCGUCACCGAAGAAGACUGGAACGACGAGGCAGAAGACACGCUGGCGAGACUCGGCGACGCUGCCACCGGCCACAACCUCUACGUCGUCAGCAAAAUCAGAGCCGAACGCGCAUUCUGGGACUUUCGGACUAAAAGUACAGACAAGAUUAAGUUCACCAUGACGGCAAUUAACCCGGUCUGGGUUGCGGGGCCGCCUCUGAUUUUGCCCGAAGACCCGAACAAGCUGAGCGAUACCGCAAUCAUCGCCUACCAGAUCAUGGCCGGCCAGGCUGUCCCGCCGGCGGGACCUGGCAACGGAACUCACGUCGACGUCCGGGAUGUUGCCCGGCUGAUCACGUUUGCGGUGGAUCAUCCAGACAUUACUGACGGCCAGCGGUACAUUGCGGGCGGUAAUGGCAACUUCGCCAACGUUCAAGCCUACAGCGAUGUUCUCCGCAAGGCUUAUCCAGACAGGCGGGAUAUCAUAGUUGAAGGCGAACCUGGGAAAGGUUAUCUUGAAGACUACAGCGAGCCCCCUGAAUCUAGGAAGGUCGAUGCGAGCAAGGCGGUGAAGACAUCAGGCCAGAGCUGGAUACCGUUUGAGAAGACGUUACUGGAUGCAGCAAAGGCAUAUGAGAGAUACUUCUAA